UUGGCAUAAAUUCUCUCUUCUUUCUUCUUCUUCUUCAUCAUCUUCAAAUCAUACUGAACGGGAUUCUCAGGUAUUUUCUCCUCUGUUCUGACUGACGCUAACAUUUGAACCUCCUCUUCUCUCAAUCACCAUCAAACCCAGGAGGAGUUACUUCUUCCUCCCCUACUUUAUACCCUCCCUUGGCGCCCUAAUAUUCAUGUCCCACGCCAAUCGCUGUUCACUUCGCUCUCCAAUCCAUCUCAUCUCGCCAUGGUAGAGAUCUCAUCGCCGCAUUGUCGGCACCAUAGGCUUGACAUCAUGAAAAGGUUACCUUCCUUCUUCUCAUCCCACAAAACCCUUUUUGCCGUACUCUGGAUCGUCGCAUUCGCCUCCGUCUUCGUCUGGCAACAAGACCUUGCCGAUGAGUUAUUGCUUUUAUGGAAAGCGGUGCCGGAGAGAUCGAUUCCUAGGCUUAGGCCGGUGGUUUUUAAUUUGACGGAUUUUGGAGGGGUCGGUGAUGGUGUCACGCUAAAUACGGAGGCUUUUGAGAAAGCGAUUCAUGCGAUUUCGAAAUUGAGGAAACAGGGCGGUGGACAGCUUAAUGUCCCGGCUGGGAAUUGGUUGACGGCGCCGUUCAAUCUGACGAGUCACAUGACACUGUUCCUUGCCGAAGGUUCUGUUAUUCUCGGAAUGGAUGAUGAGAAAUACUGGCCUCUGAUGCCUCCAUUGCCAUCAUAUGGAAAAGGACGAGAGCAUCCUGGGCCUCGCUUUGGGAGUUUGAUUCAUGGCCAAAAUCUCAAAGACAUUGUCAUCACAGGGCAUAACGGUACUAUCAAUGGCCAGGGACAAAACUGGUGGAAGAAGUAUCGCCAAAAACUUCUCAACAACACUAGGGGUCCACUCAUUCAGAUUAUGUGGUCGAGCGAUAUUGUCAUUUCAAACAUCACUUUACGCGAUUCCCCUUUCUGGACACUUCAUCCCUAUGAUUGUAAGAAUGUAGUUAUCAGAGGUCUUACAAUCUUGGCCCCAGUUCGCGAUGCUCCAAAUACUGAUGGAAUUGAUCCUGAUUCAUGCGAAGAUAUGUUAAUUGAAGACUGUUACAUAAGUGUGGGAGACGAUGGCAUUGCAAUAAAGAGUGGAUGGGAUCAGUAUGGCAUAGCCUACGGCCGCCCUUCCAAGAAUAUUGUCAUCCGAAAUCUCGUUAUCCGUUCUAUGGUAAGUGCUGGAGUAUCGAUAGGCAGUGAAAUGUCUGGUGGAGUGUCGAAUGUGACGGUGGAAAAUGUCCUGGUUUGGAGUUCGAGGAGAGCCGUGAGAAUCAAAACCAGCCCGGGAAGAGGGGGCUAUGUUCGUCAAAUAACUUACAGAAACCUGACAUUUGAAGACGUGAGAGUGGGGAUUGUUAUAAAAACGGACUACAACGAGCACCCUGAUGAGGGGUACGACCCGAAAGCAGUCCCAGUGAUAGAGGACAUAACUUAUACUUCGAUUCACGGAGAAGGGGUGCGAGUCCCGGUCCGGAUUCAGGGGAGUGAAGAAAUCCCGAUAAAGAAUGUAACAUUUAGAGAUAUGUCUGUUGGGAUAACAUACAAGAAGAAGCAUAUAUUCCAAUGUGCAUUUGUUCAGGGUCAAGUUAUAGGGACAGUGUAUCCAGAACCGUGCGAGAACCUUGAUUUGUACGACGAGCAAGGUCAGCUGAUUUAUCAAUCUUCCUCGCAAAAUGUUUCGGAUAUAGAUUAUGAUUUUUGAGACCCAGAACAUGUCUCACAGAUUGAGAUUCUGGAUUCCAAACAAGGCUGCCGGCUGUUCCAAGCCAAGAUAUAAGAUAAAUAGAUAGAUAGAUAGAGCUGCUGCCAUUACUGUUUGUUUCCCUUUUGUCUCUUCUUUGAUGCCAACUAAAACUUGAAUUGGAAUCUCUCUGAGUUUUUGUUUGUUCCUCCUCUGUUCUUGCUCUUGUUGUUGUUGUAUAUAUACUACGAAAUCAUCAUAUAUCUUCUAACAGUCAUUCUGCA